AUGUGUGAAGUUGGUAUGCAAGUUAAUCAGAAAACCCAUAAGGUUGGUAUACGAGUAUCUAAUAUUACUCUUGAAAGUUAUAUUUAUCUACUUCAAUUACAGUUAAACUCUAAAAUAAAUGAGAUAGAAGAUCUUAAAAAACAAUUAGAUUAUGCAUAUAACUAUGUAAUGGAAAGUUGGAAACAU